AUGUCGGGCGAAAAAGAGGAAGCGUUGAUCUUCAAUAUUGGGGACACCGUUUCUGGUUACAAAAUUGUUGAAAAAAUCGACGAAGGCGGUUUUGGGCAGGUGUUCAAAGUCAGCAAAAACGACAAGAUUUAUGCGAUGAAAAUUGAGUCAAAUAUGCAAGAGGGCGGCUCGGCGAUCAAACUCGAAAUCGACGUUCUAAUGGAUUUGAAGGCGAAAAAGGUGCCGCAUUUUCCGAUGGUUUAUCAGGCCGGCAAGCGGCCCAAAUAUCAUUUUCUUGUGAUGGAGCUUCUCGGCGAGAAUCUCAAAUCGUUGCGAUUCAAAAGCUCGAAUCCCGAUUGCCUUUCGCCGAGCACGUGGACUCGAAUCGGCAUUCAGUGCUUAUAUGUUGUGAAGCUUCUCCACGACAGCGGCUUCGUCCAUCGCGACAUCAAGCCGUCGAACUUCGCGAUGGGGCUCAGCGUCGACGACGCGCUCAAAGGCCGCAUGGUGUUUCUGUUCGAUUUCGGCCUCGCGCGUCGAUUCGUCCUCAAGCAGAGCGCGUCGGCGCGCCAACACAACGUCUAUCGAUCGUCGAACGAGCAGCACAGCGAUGAGCGCGAGGUGAAGGCGCGACCGCGCGAGAGCCUACGCGAGAAGCGAAGCCAUCUCGACAAGAUCAAUCGGCGGCUGACGAACAAGAUGUCAGCGACGGCGAAAAUCACGCAGUCGAUGAGGAAGAAGCAGGAACCAUCGCUUCCGUCGGCAAUUGAAGCCUCGAAAUGCGAUAUUGAGUGUGCGGAAGCUAAGAAGAGCAUGAUGGUGGAAGCGAAUAGUGGUCCAGUGUAUCGAUUCCGAGUGGCGCGACCACACACCGAUUUUCGCGGAACUCAACAGUACGCUUCGCCGAACGCCCAUAAUCAGAUUGAGCUGGGACGCGCCGAUGACGUGUGGUCAUUGAUGUACAUGAUGGCCGAGAUGACCAAUCCGCUGCCGUGGACGCUGCCGGAGAAUGAGGACACCCCGAUCGAGGACAUCAAGAAUCGAACGACGAUUCAGGCGUUGUUCAAGAAUGACGUCUUCGCAAAAAUUGACGACAAUUUGAAGAGCUGCAACUACUACAUGUCGCCGGAUUAUGAAUUGAUCUAUCAGACGCUUCGAGGCAUUCUCGAGAAAUGCGGCGCUUCGUGGACGGACCCGUAUGAUUGGGAGACGGACCGACUGACGACCUACGUGAAAUGGAAGGACGAGAAGGCGAAACAGCGGAUCGUCUAUCGAUGGGAGGAGUCGACGGAUUUCUUUAGGACUGAUCCAUGGGAGAAUCUGCCGAAGCCGACGAAGCGCGUCAAAUCGGAUGAGAAGGUGAAGAAGGAUGAGGCGAAGAAGGGCGCUCCGUUCAAUCCGAGGCGAUUCUCGAAGGAGGCUUUGGAGGAAACUCCGCCGGAACGAAAGCUUGGCUACGCGAAGCGUGCGAUGUCGACGACGAAUGCCGCCGCGCCGAAUGCCGCCGAUGAACCGGCGAUGAAGUCGAUCAUGAUUCCCGAUGACAUGAUUGAGCAGGGCUCCAAAGCCACCGCCACCAAGAAGACGCUGAAAUUGGCGAAGAAGAAGUCGGAUAGGAUGAAGAUAUCGAAUCGCGACCUCCUCAUCGGACUACCAAUUGUUCUAUAUUCGAUUCGUGUUGGAUCUUGUCUUCGGCGUUGUUUCGAUUUUCUACGAGAUUUCGGGUCCAACGUCGUCGCCGCGCGCUUCAUUCUCGCACUUCUCAUCGCGAUCGAGCGCGUUUUGGCCAUCUGCUUCCCAUUCCAAUAUCACGUUCAACGCAAAAAGGUGCCCCUAGUGGCCGUCAUUCCUCUCAUAUCAAUCGGCUCGGCGUUCGAGGAUCUCCUCUACUUCCAUAUUUGUGGCGUCGAACCGUUCCUCAAAUCAUGCUCGGUGUUCGUGUGCACCUGGAACUUCUGCUUCACCACCAUCUAUAACAAUUACAAGCUGACGAUUGGCGCCCUAACCGCAUUGGUCACAAUGAUUCUGCUCGUCAGAAUAGUUCUGAUGAAUCACGUGAUGCUCAGCAACGAUCUCUGUCGGGCGAGCAAAUUGUGUCUCGUCGAUGUGCUCAUGACAUUGACUUUCGACUUCACGCCAUUCGUGCUCACCAAUUUCUUUCACCAACGCCUGGUUUCGACGGCGGAGCUCGGACCAUUCAACUCGGUGCUCAAAUCGGCCAUCUGCAGUGUCGACGCCGUCGUCGCGUUGCUGAUGACAGCGCGCACCGUCAAAACCGAAGCACAGCGUCGGCAAGAACAAAAAGAAGACGACGAUGGCCUGAUUCCGUGUCUGAUGUCAACACUCGGAUGUGUGUCGUCGUUCGCCGCCGCCGUCGUCGGCUUCUACAAUGUCCAUAUUGUGUUGAGCCAUCCAUAUUUUCGACGAAAAUACGAAUAUCAGCUAUUCUUUUUUCGAUUCAUCGCCGAUUUUAUAAUGACGGCCACUUCGUCCGUCUAUUAUUUCAAUUUGAUCGUCUCGGUGCACAGCGACGUGACGCCGAUUCGGAGCACCGUCGGCUAUUGGCUCGGUUUGGUGGUGUCGAGUUCGGCGACGUGUCGCGUCUUCACCUCGCUUCUCAUCGCCGCCGAGAGGACAUUGGCGGUUUAUUUCCCGGCCGAAUUUCAUAACUAUCGUGCGAAACUCCACAAAUUCGUUUUGCCACUCGUCGCGCUCUCGGUCUCAUCGCUCGACGCCAUCGUGCUCUACGUCGUGUGCGCCUAUCGAUUCACGCCGAAUCUCGAGUGCAUCGUGUUCACAUGUCAGACGAAUAUUCAUGCUUCAACGGCUACUAUGCGAUGA